AUGAAAUAGCAAAAAUUAAAGAUGAAGAGGCACAGAAAUCGGCUAAAAAAUGGCUUAAAAUUUAUAUUAAGAACUUACGCGAUGCUCCGAAAAAAGAUGAAGCCAUUAUCUCUCAUUUAUGGAAAGAUGCUAUUAUACAUGCCGAAAAAUUAUGCUCUACUAUGAAUAUUAGCAGUUAUAUUAAAAAUUCUCCACAGAAAAUUAGAGACAGAGUCUCAUUACUUCGUAAUAAUCCUUAUUUCAAUGCGUUAGAUAAACAUAAGGAAUCUAUUCACUCAAAAUUAUCAAUGUUACUCAUAGAAAUUUCGAAUACAUUUACAGGAUAUAGAGAAGAUUUGUAUAA